AUGCAUCUUUCCAUCUUCAUCUUUCUGUCCCUCUCUUGCCUGGCCUUCUCCCUCCCCGCUGUUCCUUUCUCUUCUUCCACUCCCUGCCCCUCAUCACUAGAGGUGUCAAUGGCACAGAGUUUCCCUUCCCUCCAGCCCCCAUCUCUGCCCUCCCUCUGGCUGCAGGCCUAUGGCCUGUUCUCUCCUGGGCCCCUCAGGUUUGGAUUUGGAUGGGGAAACCAGGAAGGUGGUCUGAAAAGUGACUUUUUGACUACAAAAAGUUCUUUUUCUCCCUCUCUGCCCACCCGGCCCCCAGCCCUUCCUUCUCGAAGUACCAGAGGCAGCUUGGAUGGAGCGCUAUGCUCUGCAGACUAA